AGCACAAGCUGAUGUGUGUAACAGUGAUGAAUGUGGGAUGUGGUAUCGACGCAUCACCGAAUUUAUGGACGUGGAUCCGCCUCCAUCUGUUAGAGUCCACACUACACGGCCGGCCGAGAAGGUCAAAUUUGGACACAACGCAUUCUCGGGCUUUACAUUUGGACCAAAACCUGCCAGCAAGUUUCCUCCUGUCUCUACUAAACGAAAACUCGAUUGCAUUGAGCUGGAAGAGGACGACAUCGCACACUUCAAACGCGUGCGCCUCAUCACAUCGAAAGAGCGUGUGAAAUUCAUUCCUGGCCCAUUUCGAGAAGUUAAAAUAGCUGGGAAGGACCUUUCUUUUGCUGCAGCGGAACGCCACAGAGCAGCGGAGUCAGAUGCUUGGGAAGCUUUCCGUACAAAUCAAUCAACUCUUGGCUCAUCACAUCCAAACACCAUCCUCAGCCUUGGAAAUCUGACCCGCACGCUGCGCAAUAUUGGCAAGAGCUCGGGUGCGGAAGAUAUCUUGCAAAAGACAUUAGGAGACGAGGAAUCUACACUCGUGGAGAAAGAUCCCGCAUCCCUUAGAGUUCUUCUAGGCAGUCUUAUGGUCGCUUUGGUUGAUCAGAAGAAAUUUGAUGCUGCUGAGGAACUCUGGACGAGGGCGAGCGAUUUGUUUGUGUCAAGAGCCUCCGCCGAGGAACAAGCAGCUUUAAUUCGAGAUCUUGAACUUGCUCAUCCUUUUCGUCAAAGCGUACUUGCAGUGGCUGACCAGCAGCCUAAUCAGAGAAAAGCAUGGACGAUAGACGAUCUACCCAGUAGUUUCCCAGAACUACGGUCUCCAUACACAUUGCCAAAGACAAUACCAAAGCCAGAGCCGGAGCCAGUGUCGAAGCCAACACUGUGGCCCACUCCAAAGAUAUCAUGGCAAAUGCCAAUGACACCAGAGACAUAUUCCCGCUGGCAUAUGGACGUGGCACGUGGGAGGUUUCUGCGGACGCCAGUCUCGGCACGACUUCCAUCACCAGCAAAAUCACACUCAGAUGACCACUUUGCUGCUGAGAAUGGCUUUCCUUGGUCUGACUUCGUUCGAACUUUUGUGGUCGAACCAUCGUCAGCCGCAUGCGCAGACUCCUCUGCUACACAAAACCUUUUCAACACACGUCACUACUGUGGCAGGGCUAGCUCUUUUUUGGCCUUUUUGGCGCUGACCAGCACGUGUGGUUGAGGAGGAGGCCAGCCCGGGAACGCUAGUCUUCCUUAGCACUAUACUCAACUGGGUCUAGUUUAUCAUGUGACGCUUCCCAUAUAUUGUGGUCGCGCACU